AGUUGUUGCCUGGGAAGUGGUCCACAGGCCAUUGGAACUACAACUCACAGCAUCCACCUCCAGCACUGGCACGUCUAUCAGUCCUGCAUCAUGAAGACUGGCUGGCUGCUCACCCUCUCCAUUCUCCAUGGUCUGGUGCUGCCUGUAGCCGCUGGGGGCCGUUGGAGACGUCACCUGGACCAGCUGGGGAGUAUGAUCGAGUGCCGCGUGGGUGACGGCCGCUGGCUGACCUGGCUCGAUUACUUCGACUACGGCUGUUACUGUGGCUUUGGUGGUCAGGGCAAGCCGCUGGACGCUGUGGACGGGUGCUGCCGCCUCCAUGAUAUUUGCUAUGGGAAGCUCGAGUCGGAGGGCCAUUGUCACUGGUAUCAGUCCCCCUACUGGACCCACUACACGUGGAGCUGUAGCCGUCACCAGUCGCUCAGCUGCUCUGACCCCAGCGACACAUGUGCAUGGGCCAUCUGUACCUGCGACAAGCAUCUGGCCGACUGUUUCUCCAGGAGCAGCUAUGACCCUGAGCUGAAGGGCAUCAACAAGGACGAGAUGUGCCAGCCCUGAGCCCCCAGUGCUGGGACCACGGCCUGAGCUCAGAGCCGCCUCUACAACAGGACACUCCCUCCCAUCCUGACCACAACAGGGUCCCGGCAGGGUGGGGAGGGGGAGCAGAACCUGACCCAUGAGACUCUCCCCACCAUACACUGACCAAUCCAGCUCAACAACCCUUCUCCCCCUCCCCAACCUCCCAUCUCCCCGCCCCACCCCUCAUCUCCCCAUCACCCCCUCAUCUUCCUGCCCCCUCACACUCCUCCCCACCCCCCUCACCCACCACCUCGCACACCCACCUCUCCCUCACUUCCACCCCCUCAUCUCCCCAUCACCCUCAUCUCCUCACCCCCUUGACCUCCUCCCCACCACCUCCUCUCCCAGCCCCACCCCCACAUCUCCCCAGCCCCCUCAUCUUCACCCCCCCUCCCCACCCCUCCUGUCACACCCCACCACCAUACAAACCCAACCCCUUCUGCUGAACCCCACCCCCAUCUCCCUUCCCCCUCUUGCCCUCCUCCCAACCCCCCUCUGUCCCUCCCCCUCGUCUCCCACCUUCUCACCUCCCCCCUCAAACCCCCUUCCCCUCAUAUUCCCCACCACCCCCUUGCCGUCCUC